CACUCGCUGUGGUUCAUACUUCAGACAGCACUGACCACAGCCACACACAGGAAGCAGCUCCGCCAGCACAUACACUCUCAUUCCGGUUCAUUUUACCGAUGUGACAACAGGAGGGAGCUGAACUGCAGGGUGGCGCAGUUGGUGUUCAUUCGGAGGAUCUAUACAGCCGGAUAUGGAUUACUGGAUACAUUGGAUUUAGUUAAGACGCGUGGCACAACCCUGCGCUUCUCUCCGUGUCUCCUCCCCGGUGAAAACAGGUGGAUCCUGUUUCUGUGUUCAGCUCUACCUCCUCUCAUCCACCUGUCACCUUUCAUGGGGAACCAGGUGGAGAAACUAACGCAUUUAAAUUACGCAGAGGUGCCAACAUCGGACCCAAAUGGGUUCGAACCGGACGACAACGGACCACGGAUCGGCGUCUCUUACAUUUUCUCCAACGAUGACGACGACCAGGACGAGAAUCUGGACCGCUUUUCAUCGGAGAAAAACAUGGUGAACCACGAGGAGAAGCCCUUCGACCCCGGAGACCAGCUGGAGUGCUCGAUCUUCUACCGGGAGGAGUGCGUGUACGAGACAAACACCGGAGCCGAGACCCAUUCCGCGGAAAGUCUCCUGAACAAGUGCAGACCCGGAGACCUGCUGGAGUUUGUGAACACCGGACAGUAUCCCCAAUGGGCUGUGUACGUCGGGGACUUCCAGGUGGUUCAUCUGCAACGGGCGGAGAUCAAGAACAACUUUCUCACCGAUGUGAGCCAAGGCAAAAAAGGCAGGAUUGUGAACGGCCUCUACAGGUACUGUGCGCUCCCGCCGGAGGUGAUCGUGCGUAACGCCCUGGACCAUGUUGGAUCCAGAGACAGAGAGCUGUACUGGAGGAACUCUGAGUGCUUUGCCGCCUGGUGCCGCUUUGGCAAACGGGAGUUUAAAAUCGGAGGGGAGAUAAGGAUAGGAAAGCAGCCGUACAGGUUAAAGUUACUCUUUUCGGAGAAGAAGAAUCACGUCCUGGAGUUUCAGAGCCUGGAGGACGUGAUCAUGGAAAAGAGGAGGAACGAUCAGAUUGGCAAAGAUGCUGUGAUGCAAGAGCUGGCCAACCACUUGAACACAACACAUGAAAUCAAGGAGGACCAUUUUGCCAACUGACAGUGGAAAAUGCAAACUUUUCACGCUGGAAAACAAAGCAGUCAGUCCAAUAAGAGCUAUGUCUGGGGGCUUGGGCGCAUGUGCCACUCAAGCACAUCCUCAGAGGGUGUUACAAUGAAUAAUUUCCCCCUAAAAUGAGAAUUUAAAGCCCUGAAAUCAGGGUUGAUCCUUGUUUCAUGCUCAAGUGCAUCAGCAAAGCAGAUAAAAAGCGUGAAAACAACAUUUGAUUCACAUCGAAAACAAGUGAAAGCACUCAUGUUAAAAUGUGAUUAUACAUACUGAACCUUAAGGGAGUGAUGGAUAUAUUAUCAGAGCUGCACCUGCAGGCUAAUCAUUUGGGGUUGAAUAAUUAAAUUGCCCAUAAUUAUCUUUCUAAUCCAAGGAAUCUCUGAGAGGGCUGAUAGCACUUGAAACUCAGGUGAUGGAGAUCAAUAGAUGAGAGACGGUAUGUCUAUGUAUUUUUGUUGUGUGAACCUUGAGGAUUCCCUUCUGUUGCUUUGUAUCCAAUCAUGACACAGCUUUACCCACUCUUUGAAUACUCUGUGGACACUAUGACUGUGCACUUGAUUCACCCCUUUCAACAGUUUAUUUUUUUUUAAAGAAUAUGUUUGUAUGAAGGUAUAUGGAAAUAAAUAUAUAUAUAUUUGAA